CAGGCAAACCAAGGAGGGUUAGUUCGGGUCUGUUCGUUUCACUAACUGAGGCUGUUUGGUUCAGUCGCUGAAUGCAGUGAAAAGUUUACACAGCUCAUCAGACAGUCGCUGUUUUCGUGGGCCGAGGAACAACUGAGCUGACGGAUGAGCGGACAUUGUUGUUUUUUUCCUCAGGUGUGACUGGCAAUAGGUGUAGGCAACAAAAGUGCCUGCUCCUUUGUAAACAACAGAGAUUUGAGAUGAAGAUACCGGACGUGAUUCAAGCCCUCCUCUUGGUCCAAAUCCCUGCGGCCUUCCUCUUCACUGCUGUGUUGGCUCAGUCCGACAGCAGCAGUGUGGUUGUUGCGGGCUACAACGUGAGCGCCCCCACUGGCUCUAGGGUGGUACUGCAGUGUGUGAGCGGGCGCAUGGUGUGGACCAGGGACAGUCUGAAGGACAGACAGAGGGUGGUCCACUGGGACCUGUACCGCCCAGGGCCAGACUAUGCCAUGGAGAGGGUUGCAGACAUGUUCUCUGCUGGAGACCAGCGCAUCUAUAACGGACACAACCAGGGGAGGGUCAGCCUCAGCCAAUCAGCUUUCAACGACGGAAACUUCUCUCUCGUCAUCAGAGACAUUGCGAUAAGUGACCGAGGCCUGUACUCCUGUAACCUGCACCAUCACUACUGUCACCUGUAUGAAACGAUCAGAAUACAAGUCAACGUCACCAAGUCACGUCGUAAGGAGCAGCGGUUCUGGGACGGUCAGAAAGCUGUGUUUGUGGUGUUGGUAGGCAGCACGGUGGUGUUGCCGUGUGUGAAUCGCCGCUCUGUGUGGACAGAAGAUGGCAGUGAGGAGGAACAGCAGGUGGUGCAUUGGGACCGGCAGCCUCCGGGUGUUCGUCACGACCGUGCAGACCGUCUGAUAGACCUGUAUGCCUCUGGGGAGCAGCGCAGCUACGGACCCCUGUUCCUACAGAGGAAGAUGAACAUUAGCGCUGAGUCCUUCACACAGGGAGACUUCUCUCUGGCUAUCUCUGCCCUGCAGCCAGGAGAUCAGGGUCUGUACACCUGUCACCUACAUCAUCACUACUGUGGUCUUCAUGAGAGAAGACAGUUUCAGCUCACCGUAGGCCCAGCUGAGCCUCAGGCUACUGUUGCCCCCAGAGCACUGCCCAACCAAGACAAGGAGGAUAGCAAGGCUGAGGCGCCACGUGUCAUCAACGUCAUCCUGCCCGAUCAGCGACAUCAUUUCCUGCUGCCCCUUGGCUACAUCCUGACGACACUCCUCCUCCUGGCCUUCAUUGUGCUCAUCAUCAUCAUCGUUACCCAGCGACGCAAGACCAAAGCGGUGGAGUUUUACCCACAGACAUCUAUGAGAUCCAACAGGGGUGACAUGGCCACCAAUGAGUUUGAGAUGGACGUUCCUGAAGUCAAGACGUGCAACCAGGAGGAGAAUAAACUAGACUACAAAAACAACCUGCUGAGGGAGAAGGUUCAAAUGUCCACCCUGCCCAAAGUCAUCGACCUGGACAAAGAGAUGGAGAAGGUGUAUUGGAAAUGAGAGGGGAGUCAGCUUGCCGCUGGCUGGUCCAGAGGCAGACGCUACAGACACAGGUUGCAUUCCAAACCAACCCCUAGGCCCUCAGCUACUGGUGUUUCAGUGUACUGUAGGGAUGUCCACUCUACUCCACUAGACCAACCCCUAGGCCCUCUGCUACUGUUGUUUCAGUGUACUGUAGGGUUGUCCACUCUCCUCCACUAGUCCCACCUCUACAUUCCACCUCAAGUUAGACCCUUCACUCACAUUUGAUAACCACAAUGGGAUUGUAAAUCUUACUGUAUGCUUCACAGGUGAAACAGUUUGAGCAUAUAUUAUGACAACAUGUUGUGACGUUUUUGUUCGUUUUGAUGUUCGGCAGGUUCAUGCACACAAAACAUUUUCUUGAGGCAAGUCAAAGUUCGGUAGUCGAAGUCUACACCCUUUUUGUCGGUGAUUGGUCAACUUAACUACUCCUAGUAGGAAUGGGAACUAUUGAAGGGAUUCUUGAAAGAAGUGUUUGUUGUCAUUUUUUCACGCGACUAAGAUCUCCUCGUCCAAAACGCCAAUUUAUUACAGAUUUCUGGAUUUAUCUUCGAUUAAUUCUGACUAUUUUGAGGAAGUGUAUACUGGCUAUGUUGUUGCUUCGGCGUCUCGUGUUUUUUUCUUGUUUUUCAAGCGAAGGUCUUUUAAGGGAGUAUGUGAGGUACAGACGUUUGCUUAACUUAGCCGAGUUCUGCUAGGAGCAAAGCGAACCUAGUACGUGGGCGCCUUUAAACAGUUAAACAGCAAUACUAUUACCUUCUUAUUGUUACAAUUAUGUCAUUGGUUGCAAAAACUGCUGUUGUGGGAAGGUAUUUAUUUACAAAGAUGCACAGGGUUUAAAUGACAGGGUUACCGAAGCCCAGAGUUUUUCCCAAGUUAGGUUAGAUGGUUAGGGUAACUCCAGUCCCUAUGAGGCAGGCACCUGUGUUCUCUCAGCACCACUGAACCCUCUAGAGGGGAGUGAAGACCAUGACUUCUUCAGACAGCAUUACACGCUACAGAUAUAAGUUAUCCUUAGACACAGACCUAGGAUCAACGUACAAUCCCAACAUUAACCAUUAAGAGGGAACAAUGCAUAACUGGCCAUAGAUCUGUUGUGUACGGGCAACUUGAUCCUACUCCGCUUCACAUUCGCAACUACAGUAUAUACAGUAAUUGUUAAUAAAAACCUAUUGUGAGUGAUCAUACUGCCAUCACAUGACUAUAUUGGUGUAUUGUACAGUCACCUUUUGACUGACUAGGUCGUCAUUGUAAAAUAUAACUAGUUUUCAAUGACUUACCUGGCUAAACAGAAUAAAAUAAAGUGAUACAAGUGUAAUUUUCUAAUAAAUAAGCCAUUGCAUUGCACAUUAUGAACUGUUUGUAUUUGUGUACUCUGAUGCUUUAUGUUACUAUUGUAUUGUAUCGUUAAUGGACUGAAUCCCUUAUAUCCGUUAAGUUGACACUUUCCUGUAUCAUGUCUCCUUGUCUACAUAACAAAUAGCUUAUUGGGACAAUAAAGAUCUACUCUACCCAACUCUA